AUGACUGAGACUGCUUCAACAUCACAAGCUAAGCCUCUGAAGCUUCAAGUGAAUCUCAACGUUCUUUGUUCGCAAACACAUUUUCUACCUUUAAACCUGCAGUAUGUUCUUGAUGUUCUAGAAGCUUCAGAAGCAUUAAGUGAAUCUCAAGCAUACUUCACUGUAUUUGUUUAG